AUGCCGCCAACCGCAGAAUCAUCCCCAGAGGAUGGCAGUGCGCGGCAGGACUCGAGAAGGCGCAAGGCCUCAUCGCCACCUUACGAUGACAACUAUGCUGGCUCCGGCUUCUCCCCGGAAUACCCAAGGCGACAGCAGGAAGAGACGGGCCGUCGACGCCAACAGCAACCCGCCUCGGCCGAGGAUAAGAAGAGGGGGAAGCGGCUGUUCGGCGGGCUGAUGGGUACGCUCAGCCGAACCGACGCAGACAACUCGCGACAGAAGCGACGGCAGGAGAUUGAGAGACGGCAGCAGGAGAGGCUGAAGAGGCAGAGGCUGGAGGAUGACGAGAUGCGCUCCGAGAGGCUGGCCCGUCUCGGUAGGGUACGUCGCGAUGAGCACGACGACAGAGCUGUGGAGUACUACCUUCCCCGUAAACUGACGAGGGAACAAGAGCGUAUUAUUGACGAUCAACUUCGCGAUGCGAGGGAUUUGAUACGGCGUGAGCGCUGGGAUCGUGGCGAUGAGAAGCAUGCCGUCGGGGAGGGGUCGAAUCAGGAACAUGGCGGGGACAGCGUGGUAUCACCGGCUGAUCACCACGACGACGUCGUCCUGGAGGCAGAUGAGGACACGUUGAUUUAUUGA